AUGGAUAGCCGUUGCAACGGCUAUAAUUUUGGGGAAACUCAAAUUUUUUGGGCGAUCAAUAUUGAUCGGCAGAAAAGUUUUUUGGCGUUUGCCGCCACUCGGGGCGGUGUAGCAGGCGGCAGUUGGGGCGGCGUUGGGAUUCCUAUCGUUGGGGGCAUGGAUCUAGACUUGAAUCGCCUAUUUGUUGAAGUCACUUCCCGUGGAGGCACCAAAAAGAUGGAUUCUGAAAUUGACUCUCAAAAUAAUGAGGAUAUACAAGUUGAAGAGGUUGAGUCUGUGGAUAAGGAAGUAGGAAAAGGCAAGAGAAAACGUAAGGAACGGUCAGUUGUCUGGACUUACUUUGAAAAAGAUCAGAAUAGUAUAGUACUAGGUAGUACCAAACUGAAAUGUACUUGUAAAAAGUGUAAUACUGUUUUCGUAUAUGAUAGUAUUCAAGGUACGGGUAAUCUUCUUCGGCACAAAGAUAGAUGCUAUGGUAAAAAUUAUCGCGAUGUUGGUCAAAUGCUAUUUAAUAGUGACAUGGCUUUACGGUCACGUAAAUUUAAUCAAAAGACUUUGCGUGAGUUGCUUGUAGCUUGUACCGUUAGGCAUAAAUUACCUUUGUCAUUUGUUGAAUAUAAGGGUGUUAGAGAUGUGAUUGAAUACUUGGAACCUGAAGCUGAUUCCAUGACUAGGAAUACUUUAGAAGCUGAUUUAAUUGAAAUGUAUAAGUUAGAAAAGGAAAAAAUGAAAAGUAUGCUUAUGGAAUCACCAGGAAUGUUAUGUUUAACUUCAAAUUUGUGGUCUUCAAUUAAUACGGAUGGUUAUUUAGCAAUUACAGUGCAUUUUAUUAAUAACGAAUGGGUUUUGCAAAAAAGAGUCUUGGCAUUUUCUCAUAUGCCACCACCUCAUUCUGGUGUUGCUUUAAAUGCGAAAGUGUUUUUGAUUUUAGAAGAAUGGGGAUUAGGAAAAAAGAUAUUUUGUAUCACUUUAGAUAAUGCGUCUUCUAAUGACCGUUUCGUUCAGCUAUUACGUGAUCAAUUAGAUACAAAAUCGCCACUUGUUUCUAAGGGUAGGUUUUUUCAUAUGAGAUGUUGUGCACAUAUUGUAAACUUGAUUGUGCAAGAUGGGCUUAAGAAAAUUGAUCAAGCCGUUGAGAAGGUUAGAGAGAGUAUCAAGUAUGUUAAAGGAUCAAAAUCACAAGUAAGAAAGCAAAAGUUUUUGGAUUGUGUUAAGUUACUUUCUUUGAGUUCUACAAGGGGGUUAAGGCAAGAUUGUCCUACUAGGUGGAAUUCUACAUUUCUAAUGCUUGAUAGUGCCUUCUAUUACCGAAAGGCAUUUACCCAUUUAGAAAUAAGUGAUUCUAAUUAUACAAGUUGUCCAGGUGCUUAUGAGUGGGAUACUAUUGAAAAGAUUAGUGUUUUCCUUGCAGUUUUUUAUGACGUGACUAAUGUUUUCUCGGGUACCAAAUAUCCUACUGCAAACUUAUACUAUCCUCACAUUUUUAUGGUUUAUUUUACUUUGCAUGAUAGUAUGAGUUCAAAGGAUGAGUAUAUGAGACGUAUGGGAGCGUCUAUGAUGGAAAAAUUUAAGAAGUAUUGGUCUGAUUUUAGUCUCACUUUAGCCAUAGCCGUGGUAUUUGAUCCAAGAUAUAAGUUGCAUUUUAUUGAAUGGGGUUAUACAAAGAUUUAUGGAGAGCUCAAUUGUCAAUAUAGUGAGGUGGAUUUGUUAUUGAGUUCCACUUUUGCUGAAUAUGUGUUAUAUUUCGGUAAUGCUUCCUCGACAACAUCAUAUCAUGCAAGUACUUCAAGUAGCAAGGCUGAUGAAGCAACAAACAGAGAUACAAGACGUCUCUAUGGAGUUAGAGCAAAACUUUUGAAUUUCGAUGAGUUUCAAAGCUAA